UUUUUCUAUUCACAACUGAUCAUUAAUAUUAAUUGUUCUUUUGCUUUUCUUUUGUUCUAAAUCAAUUGAAUGCUUUAAUUUUGUUUGUGAAUUUACCUUUUCUAUGUGGACUUGAUUGAGAUUAAUUCUAAUUAAUUUAUAUAAAUCGUUUCUUUUGUUUAUUCUUGUUUGUUAGUAGCUUUUGUUUGUACCUUUCACCAGGCCUGACUUUGGAUGAUGAAAUACAAGCUACUCUAUUUAUGGUUUUUUCCUCUAUCAGUAAUAGAAACAGAUAAAUUUCAAGCAAGAUCUAUUUUCGUCUGAGGUUUUGUCAACAUGCCUUUCGAUGUGAAUCAAUCCUGUGCCUCACUACGUGUUCCUGGUGAUGGAAUUUCAUCUUCUUCGAGUGCAAUUAAUCUAGAUCAAGGUGAUUCUUUUCAUGUUAAACAAGAACCUGAGUCUCCUGGUCAAGAUUAUGAGGAACAUGGGGAUUUCAAUGAAGGUAAUGGUGAAGAAGAGGCAGAGGAAGAGGAGGAAGAGGAAGAAGGCAUCAAUCAAGAUUCAGAUGAUGGUGAAGAUGAAGAUGAAGAAUCACCCGAAGAUCAAGUUAAAAAGGGGCCUGUUCGACUUCGGAUUGAUAUGUCAUCUAUCCCUUGUGUUUCUAAUGAAGAUCAAGUCUCUGAGCUUCAAGAACUUGGAGUUGUUGCCUAUGAACAACAAUCUUAUGAAAAAGGAGUUUUAAAACAAGUCGAUUCGGUUAUGAAUAGUCAGGUUAUCGGUAAAAAGCCAAAAGAAACUGAUACUCAUAAGAAACGACUUGCCGACAUUUUGUCAUUCGAUAAAAGGCCGACUGUUAAAAUCGAAGAGGAAACACAUGAUGGAUAUGAUCAUCUACAACCAUCGACUUCAUCAUCUCCCGAUAAAUUAUCUUCAUCAAUCAAUCUUCAGGAAUCGGAAGCCAUUACAACAAAUUCCAAUUUCAAUAGAGCCACAAGCAGCUCAGAAGUUCUUCAGCGAUUUCGUAAUUUUCAAUUAUCACAGAAUCGCCAUUAUGAUAAUGAUGAUGAUGAUGAUGAGGAAAUGGAGGAUGAAGAAAGUGAAAGAAUUGAUUCCAAGAGUAGUAAAAGAUUUCGACAAAAGGAAGACACAGAUGAUUAUGUUCCUUCAGAUGGAGAAGAAGAUGAUUAUAAUGAAGAAAUUGGUGAUAUCGAUGAUCAAGAAUAUGGUGGGGACGCUGAUGAGAUACAAUCGAAACGUAAAAAGGUGGGGAAAAAAGUAUCGAAAAAAAUUAAACUCGAAGCGGGUCCAGAAAAGGUAACCAAGAAAAAGAUUCUAGAUGAUGGAGAUGAAGUCGCUUACCAAAAAAGGAUGAGAGCCGUUAAACUAGAAAUCCAAAGACAAGUUGAUGCAAAUGAAAUCAUCACUUAUGAAAACUGUCACACCGUCGAAGGUGAUUUCAAAGUACCUGAACAUAUAUGGUCUAAAUUGUACAAUUAUCAACAACGAGGUGUUCAAUGGCUUUGGGAGUUACAUCAACUUGGUUGUGGUGGGAUUUUGGGUGACGAGAUGGGCUUGGGAAAAACUAUUCAAGUGAUCGCUUUUCUUGCCGGUUUGGCCUCAAGUGAGAUCUCAAAUUUCCGUGACGAGAGGAAAACCUUAGGUCCAGUUAUACUAGUCACUCCAGCGACAGUUAUGAAUCAAUGGGUCUCUGAAUUUCAGGCCUGGUGGCCUUUUCUUAGAGUCGCUAUAUUACAUCACACUGGCUCAUUCCAUGGUAAAAAGAAAAAAUUGGUUGGAAUAAUUAAUCGUUGCAAUGGGAUUUUAAUCACAUCCUAUUGUAGUAUUGUUACAUUUCAAGAUUUACUUUACGAAUAUGAUUGGCAUUAUGUGAUCCUCGAUGAAGGUCAUAAGAUCAGAAAUCCUGACGCUCAAACGACCCUCGCAUGUAAAAGGUUUCGAACUCCUCAUCGUAUUAUCCUUUCUGGUUCACCGAUACAAAAUAAUCUCAAAGAAUUGUGGUCACUUUUUGAUUUCAUUUAUCCGGGAAAACUGGGAACUCUUCCCGUUUUCAUGGAAAAAUUUUCCGUUCCGAUUACUCAAGGAGGUUAUGCAAACGCCUCACAAAUUCAGGUCGAAAUCGCUUAUCGAUGUGCAACCGUCCUUCGAGAUGCAAUUAAACCUUACCUCUUACGUCGGGUCAAAGAUGAAGUUCAAAUGGUACUUAAUCUACCAACUAAGAACGAGCAAGUUUUAUUUUGCCGUUUAACUGAUGAACAGCGAGAUGUUUAUAAAACUUAUUUAGAGUCGAAUACAAUUCGAGAUAUUUUCAAAGGAAAGAUGCAAAUUUUUGUUGGACUAAUUAACUUGCGAAAAAUUUGUAAUCAUCCCGAUCUUUUUACCGAUGGUCCAAAAGAGGAAACUGGUGAAGUUAAAGAUACUUUCGGUUAUUAUAAGCGAUCGGGUAAAAUGAAAGUCGUUGAUGUUUUACUUUCCCUUUGGCAUAAACAAGGACAUAAAGUGUUACUUUUCACUCAAGGAAAACAGAUGUUAAAUAUUUUGGAAAUGUUUUUACGAUAUCGAGAGUAUACUUACCUUUUGAUGGACGGAAGUACACCGAUUGGAACUCGACAACAAACAGUUCGAGAAUUUAAUUCAAAUCCAAAUAUUUUUGUAUUCCUGUUAACUACCAAGGUUGGUGGCGUUGGAUUAAAUUUGAUUGGUGCUAAUCGUGUGCUAAUUUAUGAUCCUGAUUGGAAUCCAACUACCGACAUGCAAGCCCGAGAACGAGCCUGGAGAAUCGGUCAAGAUAAGCAAGUGACCAUUUACAGGCUUCUAACCGCUGGAACAGUUGAGGAAAAAAUUUAUCAUCGACAAGUUUUCAAACAAUAUCUCACAAAUCGAGUUCUAAAAGAUCCAAAGCAGCAACGAUUUUUCAAGACCAAUGAUCUUCACGAACUGUUUACUCUUGGAAAUGAUUCGGCAACAACUGAAUCAAGCGCUCUUUUUGCAGGAACUGGAUCAAAGGUCAAGAUUAAUAAAUGCAAAAAUGUUACCAAAAAGAGUAAAGAUAAAUCUUCUCGAACUAUGUCAUCUUCAACUGAGAAAAUUACACUGCCACCAGAAAAGAUCAAAGAAUUGCAAGAAAAAGCGAAAAAAUUGAGUAAAAUGAUAGCAGAUAAAUUCAAUUCUAAUUCAAAUACUUCAUCACCAUUAUCAUCCUCAUCUUCACAUUGCACCAAAAAAAGUGAUACUCAACCGAUCUGUGAUUCAUCCUUCCCAUCAUCAUCAUCAACAACAACAACAACAGCUCAAUCACCAAUGUACAAGAAUUAUCAUAAACCAGAAUCGAGUAAGAAAUCAACCAAAUCUAAGAAACAUAAGGGAACCAUUUUCGAGGGCAAACGAAUUAAAUAUUUGGUCAAAAGUGAUACUUACAAUCAAGAAUCUGCGAAACCCUCGACGUCCUCAACAAUUACGUCGGAAGAUAAUAUCGAUAAACAGCAAGACGAUUAUGUGUUGAAAAAACUGUUCAAAAAGUCGACCAUGCAUUCGGCUUUACAACAUGAUGUUAUCGAAGGUAAAACGAAUACCGAUUUUGUCUUGGUUGAAAGUGAGGCUGAAAAAGUUGCCAACGAAGCGAUAAAAGCGCUCAGACGAUCUCGACAAAUGUGUUAUGCUCCAGCGGCCGGAAUACCAACAUGGACUGGAAGUAGCACCACAUUACCAAAUAAUAAUGGAAUCAAUAAAUUUGGAAAAGGUCGUCGAGAUCGUCUACCAGGAUCAUCGGCAUCAACAAGUGCUUCUGAUGGUGGAUCGUCAAGUGUAAUGUCAAGCGCUGCCUUAAUUGCGUCAAUUAAAGCGAGAAAUAAAUUCGAAAGGCCUGAAAGAGUUGAAGGUGAUGACGAUAAUGAAGAUUUCGCUGGUGAUCAACAUGGAUCAACAUCUCAAGAUGAUUGUUCAUCUGAACAUAACGAACUUUUAAAUGAUAUCAGAAAUUUUAUCGCUUUCCAAGCCUCGGUUGACGGAGAAGCGACAACGCAAGAGAUUCUCGAACGAUUUAAAGAUCGGAUUCCCGCUUCGUUGACACCAGUUUUCAAGUCACUUUUAUGGAAAAUUAGUGAUUUCCAUCGACGAUCAGAUAAAACUGGUGUUUGGAAAAUCAAGGGCGAAUUCCGUUGAUCACAAAUUUAAAUCGUCUUUUAAUUUUUUUCCAACGGUUAUGAUAAACUAAAUUAAUUUUAUCGAUAAUAUCAUAAUCGUUUCCAUCGUUGCAUCAUUUUUCAUCAAGUUAAAUUCACUCUCAACUUUGUAUUUAAAUCUUUUUUUUUUGAUAAUCUGCCGAUUUUUUGUAUAUUUUUGUUAAGAAAUUAAUUACAAUUACAAUUAAAUAAAUUUCUUAUUGUUAAACUUUGAGAAAA